ACAACCUCUGCUUAUUUAGCAGCUCUUCUUGAGACUACCUUGCUACUACUAAUACUACUGCAGCCCUGAGUAAAUCACCAUGGUUCAGGCUAAGUCAUGGAUUCUGGCCAAGCACUUUGAUGGCUUCCCAAAGGAUAGCGACUUCAAGCUCAAGGUGGAGGAGCUGCCUGAACCCAAAGAUGGAGAGGUGAUUUUGGAAGCAGUUUUCCUCAGUGUGGAUCCAUACAUGAGACCUUUCAGCAAACUAUACAUGAAGGAGGGGGAUGUGAUGAUCGGAACUCAAGUGGCAAAGGUGAUCCAAAGUAAAAACUCAGCAUUUCCUGUGGGAAGCCACGUUGUGAGCAGCUGUGGUUGGAGAACACACGCUCUCAGUGAUGGGAAGGACCUCACUCUCCUCAUGGCCGACUGGCCCAAGGAUGUGCCUAUGUCGCUGGCUGUGGGUACCGUUGGCAUGCCAGGACUGACGGCUCUGUACGGGGUUGAAGCAGUUUUGCAAGUGCAGAAAGGCGAGACUCUGCUGGUGAAUGCUGCAGCUGGAGCUGUGGGAACCGUGGUGGGACAGAUCGGCAAGAUCAAGGGCUGUAAAGUGGUGGGUUCAGCCGGGUCCGAUGCCAAAGUAGCUUACCUGAAACAGCUGGGGUUUGAUGAGGCUUUCAACUACAAAACUGUUCCUUCCCUGGAGGAGGCUCUGAAGAAGGCUGCUCCUGAAGGAUAUGACUGCUUCUUUGAAAAUGUUGGUGGUCAAUUUUCAACUAUUGCAUUACAACAGAUGAAGGAGUUUGGUAGAAUAGCUGUGUGUGGGGGUAUCUCCACAUACCACGAUGCUGCACACCAAACAGGGCCAUACCCUCUAACCACCAUAAACUGGAAGCAGGUUAAGAUAGAAGGCUUCAUGCAAAGCAGGUGGAAGAGUGACCAUCCCCAAGGCCUCAAGAAACUCAUGGGCUGGGUCAAAGAGGGGAAACUGAAGUAUCGUGAGCACGUCACCACAGGCUUUGAAAACAUGCCAGCCGCUUUCAUGGGGAUGCUGCAUGGAGAAAACACCGGCAAGGCAAUCAUCACUGUUUGAUGCCUCCAAAGAGUGACCUCAUUACAGAACGUACUCACAGAGUACUGAGCAAUAAUAAUUACUUUCACUUAUGCUAACUGUAAAAUAACUAUGAAGAUCAGGUCAUUAGUUAUUGAUAAUCAUUAUUAAAGAUGUGCAAAAUCUUAGUAUUGUGUUAUCAUCAUCAUAAGUCUUUAUGAGCAGUGUAUAUCUUGUGUCACUGCACUGACAUAAUAAUUAUGCACCCCGUUUUCACAAUGAGCUUCUUUAUUGAUAAUAAACCUUUUUUUCAGCAGA